UAGCUCAGGGUUGAAAUGAAUCCUUGGUGGUAUCUUGAAAUUGGUUGAUCUCUUGCAGACAUUUCAUUACUCAAACUAGGUAACAUCAUAAUGUUAACCAAGUUUGGGUAAUCAAACAUCUGCAAGAAAUCAACCAAGCUCAGAGAGCAUCAAGGACCCCUCAAAAUGUACUUGUUUAACUCCAUAUUGAUCAAUCAGCCACAAUUAUCUGGGAUCACCAAAUUUGUUAAGUAAAGAAUCCCCUUGCACAUAUGUGCUAGUCAUUCUCAACUCUAGGGGGCAGUGCUUAUCUCCGUUUCCAAGCCGAAGAGCCAGCGCUGUCCAAAGACGUCUCCAUGGUCAUGUGGCCAGCAUGACUAAAUGCCAAAGGCACACAGAAUGCUGUUACCUUCCCACCAAAGGUGGUCCCUAUUUUUCCACUUGCAUUUUUUACAUGCUUUUGAACUGCUAGGUUGGCAGAAGCUGGGACAGAUAAUGAGAGCUCACCCCGUUACGCGGCACUAGGGAUUAAAACCGCUAAACUGCUGACCUUUUGAAUGACAAGCUCAGCAUCUUAGCCACUGAACCACCGUGUCCCAAAAAAAUUGUUAAGUUUGUUAACCCAAAAACACUUCAGUUUUUGAUGCUGUAUGAACCCUAGUGAAUUCAGGUAUGGCAAGUAAAAAUGUGAUGGACUAGUUGGCGCCUCAGCAUUUUCUGCAAAUCCAGAUAAUUCAAUGAACUCUGAUUCAAUUAACUUUGUUCAGGUUGCCCUGUUGUGAGAUAACUUACUUUUUUGUUAUCUCCAACCAGCUCCCUAACUCAACAUCUAGACCAGGGCCCAGAUCCGGCCUGCGAGGUGUUUAGAUGUGGCUUGCAGAGCCGCCCUGGAAAUAGCGAAGGACUGGCCCGGAGCGCCUCUGCCAGCAAAAACAGAGCUCCGGAGGGCCCUCCCGAACUCUUGUUUUUGCUAGGAGAGGGUUGCAGGAGGCCAUUGCAGAUGAAAACGGAGCUCGGGAGCCUAUUUUUGCAGGCCACCACAGGUGCCCCCAAUGUGAAUGUUGUCGAGCUGGCCACCCUGGCCACGCCCAUCCUAGCCCUGAGGUCAAACACGACCCUGAUGCAGCCCUCAAUGAAAUCAAGUUUGACACCCCUGAUCUAGAGCUAGACCUGGAGAUAUAAAGUUGGGAAAAGCUGUCUUGCCUUGUUUUCAUCUGCUGGAUUUCCAAACUUUGUUCACCACAUCUCUUUCUGGCCUUGGUUUAUUUGUUUCUCCAGUGGUGGAUAUUCUGGUGGGUCUUUCACAUUCUCUAGGAAAGAAAAGUCACCACCAUCUCUUGGCAAGCCAAGCCAAGCAGCCAGAAAAGAAGGGGUGGGGUGAAACACAACCUUUCUAAUGGAAAAGGAGUUGCAUUAAGCCUAUUAACAUCAGCCAAAUGACGAUCAUCAAUUUUUAAUCAGAAAUAUGGAAAGCCAGCUUCAGGAGCAAGUAAAUUUAAAUAACGCUCAGAGGGAAAUCCAAUCACUUAAGCAGAGGCACUCCAGCCGAGCGAAGGGGAGCCAGCGCUCACGAGAUUGGAGAAGACGACAGCUGUAUUAAUAAAGAUUAAAGCGCUGCAAAAAGGCCGAGCGGAGCGGCCCCGUUAACCCCUUGCCCGGCUGCGCAGACACCGCCCGCGUGCAACAUGUCCGCGUUUCCCGCCUCGGCGCCCGCCUUCGCCAGCAAGACCUGCUCAGCCCCGCCGCGUCCGAGAUCUCGGCUGAGGGAGUGAAGGCGAGCCCGCCUGAAGGCGAGGGGCGCGCGCGCAGGGGUGGUGGUGGUGGUUGUGCAGCUGCCAAGAAGGCACCCCACCCUCCGCUGUUCCCGGGCUUGGGAGUUGCGCGCCCGGGAAAAAGCGAGUUUGCAAAGAAGCCGGAGGGGAAGCGAGCGCGGAGGCGGCGGGCCAUGGUGGCGGGCCGGCGCGAGCGCAGCAGCCCUUCUCCUCCUCCUCUUCCCUGAGGAGGGGGGAGAUGACGGGCGGCAGCCUUCCCCCGGGGCUGCUGGCGCUGGGCGCCGUUUUGCUGUGGCCGCCUUGCCAAGGCAGCUGCGGCGCGCAGAAAUGCGGCGCGCAGGAGAGCUGCUGCAGCUACGGCAACGCCACCUACGCGGAGACCAAGUGUUGCAAGCUGCCUUUCCACACGUUCCUGGACAACGUGGGUUGGUUCGUGCGGAAGCUCUCCGGGCUGCUCAUCUUGCUGGUGCUCUUCGCCAUCGGGUAUUUUCUCCAGCGGAUCAUCUGCCCCAGCCCCCGCAGGCACGGGAGGCGACGCCGGCGCCCGGGACAACGAGGCGAGGAGGAAGACGAGGAAGAAGAGGAGGAGGAGGAGGAGGCCGAUUACGACGAUGACGACGCGGAAGAGCGGGACUCGUUUUCCCGCGUCACCCCGCUGAACGGGACGGCCGCUACCUCGCAGGACUCGCUGCUGGACAGCCGGGGCCGGGAGGCGUCCCUGCGGCCCCCUCUUCUCCACGUCGUCUCGCCCGUCUUUUUACAGCUGCCCAGCUACGAAGAGGUGAAAUAUUUGCCCACUUACGAGGAAUCCAUGCGGCCCCAGCAACCUCUGGUCCUGCCCGUCACCAGCCUGGCUGCCGGGACGGGUAGAGGCCCCGCGGAGCCCGAUCGCUGGAUCAGAGGCAGCUGAAGAGACCCCUUCCCGCCUUUUCCUCGGCGCCCCGCAGCUGGUGGGUUGCCGCCAAAACCGAAGGAGCCGCGCCGUCGGCGUGGCCAAAGAUCAUCCGCCGAAGCCCCUCUUUCUGUGGGAAGAUAAUUUAGGGAGGGGCGAUGGAAAUAGCAAAGAAGGGAAAGGGAGGGGGACCGGAGGGUCUUCCUUGGUCCUCCCCUCCCCCCCUUUUUUUGCGAAGUUGCACUCCUCAGAGAAGCUCCUUUGUAGCAAAGUCAGAUUCUGCCUCUGCCUGUGAAACACCGCCAGCCUUUUCACAUUUGAGGUGCCUGAUGGUAGUACAGGUAUCUUUUAAGUGCCAGUCUAAAUGUGUGACAUGCGUUCAAAUUGGAGUCGUUCACAAGUACGAGCUAGAUUGUUUUUUUUUUAAUAGUCCUUCCCUGUAUGGUGUAUGGCUCUGUAACUUCCUAAGGCAAAAUAAAAGUCCAGGAAGGGAAGAGAGUGAUUCUUUUACUUGCUGUAAAUCCAGAUAAUGCUGGUUUAAAUUUCUCUUUUCCUGAAUUUUGCUUAUGCCCAUCAAGAAGAACUGGGACAAAUUUGCUUAGGCAAAACCAUCAACAUUGCUGGAUGUGAGAUGAGAGCAUCAAGAGAAAGACACAGUAUCCCUUUUGGUGGUGGGACUUUUUUUAAAAAAGUACUUUGACAUUAUUAAGUUCAGAAAGUGUUGGGGACUUUGGAGAGUGUGAUGACUGAGAAUUCAUUAAAAAGCUUUUUUUUUAAUAACAAAAAAGCAGUCAUUUGUCUUUUUUUUUUUUUUUGUAGAUGAACAUUAUUAAAAGUUCAUUUUACAGUGUUCAAAUGUUCAUGACCACUGAUUACAAUGAUACAUUAAUUCUGAAGGUGCUUUUUCAAGAGGCAACUGGACUUUCUGGUUUGUCUUUGAAGAUGUUUUGCUUCUCAUCUAAGAGGCUUCUUCAGCUCUGACGCUUUGAAGAAAUGUCUUUGAAGAAAAACCAGAAAGUCCAGUUGCCUCUUGGAAAAGUACCUUUGGGACAACCAUGAGAAUCUCCAAAGGCAAUGAUAUAUUAAGACAUCCUAAUCUAACACUAGAACAAUAAGAAUGCACGCUUUAUUUGAGGGAGAGCCAUAGUUCACUUUUUAUUCAUUUAGUUGCCUUUUUGGCCACUGCACUUUUUAUACUGAGAUUACAGAUAGGUUGCAGAUUAUAUACGUCACCCUUUAAAUAUUUUGUGUAGGUUAAUACCUCUGUUUAUAAACCCUCCCCCCUUCCCAUCCCAUUAAGAUGUUUAAGUAUCUCUUAACAUUUCUCUCUGAACUCCCAAAGUUGUUUGUAUAUUUCUUUGCUAUAAAAGACAAUGAAAGAUU